AUGGCCUACAUGAAUGGUUUAAGUGCAAAAGGUGAAAAAAGCAGUCGAAGAGGUUCACGCGUCUCAUUUUCCAGUGCUUCCGGUACUGCUGCGAAACGGUUGAGUAUAGGAGGUCAAAAGGAUGAAGGGCUGCCACCUAUGACACCAUUAAGAAAGAAAUCCAUCCAGCAGUUCCUUAUGGAAAAGGCUAAACAAGAAAGGCACAGAUUAUCAGUAUUGCCUGGUGACGCCGGACGAAUAUCUAUAUCCCAAGCUAGGCCAGGAGAGCGAAUCACAUUUGCUAACCUCGUUUUAAAAACACAGCGUAUGAAAAAGAAGCUAUUCAUCAACCCAAAAGAGGUUUUGGGAACCGCUCCACCCCAGGGCUUGGCUCUUAGUAUGACGAACUUGGUCAGUAAAGUUCUCAGCGAAGCUUCAACUGUUGAAAAAGAUAUCCAUCCUUACGGACGCGGAAAUAUGUACACCAAUGCUUUCGCUGGUAAAAAAUCGCUGGUGAAACUCGAUCCCGGAAAGCUUAUGUUCUGGGGUAUCGUCAUAUGCAUGGUGACUGGAGCAGCAUUUGGAGUUAUUAUUCUAUCAGAAAUUCAUCGUGGAUCUUUGAAACGCUUGCUACAACGAUACAAUGGCUCGUUCCCGGAUUGGUACUAACUUUACAACAAACCUUUGGUGUUUAAUAUAUUUCAAGGAAACUUUUUUCUACCAAAAAAGCAACAUAUUUCAAACAGUUUUUUCAACCAUUUGUCAGUAUAAAAUGGUGGGUGAGGUAAAAAAUCUAACAACUCAGUCGGUGAAUGACCAGUUCAAUCAUACAACAUGAAGGCAAGAUAAUGCAAAUUAUAUAAGUAGUUUGUGUGAAUGUAUAAUACAGAUUUUAGAUCAUCAUUUGAGACUGAAACACUAAAAAUAGGCGUCUUAUUUUUAUGUGCUUAUAUAUGUAUGUGUGUGGAUGCAUUUAUGCAGUAUAUGUAUAUAUACAUAUGCAUUUAUAUUAGUGAUAAAAAUGUGUGUGUGGAUAGGAAAGGAUAGGGAACGAGUGUUUGAUGUAAAAAAAAAAAACGAAAGAAAAAAGUUUGAAUGCCUAUCUAAUAAAAUCUAAUCAAAUUUAUUUGUAAUAGAAUCAGCAAAAAGAAAAAAAAAAUCCUGGAACAUUCCACCACUAAGAAUCUUUACGGAUCAUAAUCAAAAAUUUGAACAAAAUUGAUAUAGAUAUUUUGUUUAAGUAAUUUUAUUUUUCAGAUAAUUGAAUGGAUGUAGAUCAUAUGUAAAUACUAAACAUCCCUAUAUCAUCAACCAUUUGAAAAUAAAUUUCAUAUGCGUUGAUGAGUUUCGAAUGAAAACAUUUUUUCGUUGGCCCAUUUCUUGUGGCCUUUUUCAUCCAAAUAAAUAGAUUAUGAAAUAUUAGCUUGAUCAAAUGUGAUGAAAUAAACAAUGGUCGAGAGGCUUUAUUUUCAAAAAUAACAUCCUCUUGAUCAACGCCUAUUUUCUUCUCCAGAAGGAGCACACUCAUGUGUUUUGCACACGAUAUACAAAACGACAAUGACUGUAUAUGUGUGUGCGCUCGUGAUGUAGUGCAUGUAAUUGUUGUUUCAAAUUAUAUAUUUAUGCCUGUAUUUUGAAACGUAAAUUUAAAACAAUGAAAUAUGGAUGAGUUAUUCACAUCCUUUUUCAUGCUAAGGAUGUUGUUUCUGGCUCAGUGCCUAUAGGAAGAACAUCCUUAGUAGAUGAACCGAACUGAAAGACUUGCCAUCUGGGUCAAUAGCUUUUUAAUCUUACAUCAAGGUUAAUAGCUGUUAACCUAACUAAUAUUUUCAGAAGCAUCUAUGAGUUAAAAAUGCAUUGUUAUACUUCCAAAAAAUAGAAGAUAAAUACAAUACUAGUUAAUACUGUGGUAAUAUGAAAUACGUUUCAAGUUGGAAGUGAAAAGAAAAAAGAAAAAAAAAUCACUGGAAGUUACUGAUAGUCAUCGUUUUGUUUAUUUUUAAAUAUAUUUUAAUGAAAACCGUAUACACAUUUGAGAAUAAUUAAUUUCUUUACAAAAUCAAUAAUAACAGAAAGAAAAUUCAAAUUCGUUAUGAAGGAAGGUUUUCGUGUUCGUAUUGAUUAAACCACAAAUGUUUAAUUCGUAGAAAACAUAACUACUUUCCAGUGAAUAUUUUUAAAACAUUGCUCCAUCUAUUAUAUUUGUUUAAUCAAAUAUGGCGUCAUUUUAUAUUCAAAGUCUACAAAAAUGGCGUCCACGAUAUUUUCAAUUAAUCCAUCAAAAAUACACCUAAAAGCUUAUGUCGAUACUUGCCAUUUUCAGUUUCUGUAUACUUAAAACACCAUCUGUCCUUGUCAAAAUAUCAUCAAGGGACUAAUAAUAGUCCCUUAUUAAACUCUUUCAUGAACUUUCAUUUCAGUGUAAGACAAAUAUAUUUUAUAAAACCAUUUAAAAUUUUAAAAAAAAGGAGAAUUAAAAAAAUUAAAAAUGCUAAUUACCAAGAAAAAAAUUUACUAGGAUUUUCCGUAAAUUUCAAGUUGAUAAACAGCACAAAGAAGAAGAAAAAAGGCAUUAAAACUUUACACUCCUGUACUUUUGCUUUUUAUAGUUUAUUCUGUAAAUAAAUAUAAUUUCAAAUA